AUGGCAAUCAUUGUGUGUGUGUUCAAGAUAAAAGUCAAAACCCCAGCAGUGGUCUAUAUGCUAAAUCUAGCAGCUGCUGAUGUCCUGUUUGUUAGUUUGCUGCCAUUCAACAUCGCUUAUUGGUUCUCUGGAAAUAACUGGAAUGUUAGAGAUGGGAUGUGUUGCUUUGUCACUGCUGCCUUCUACUGUAACAUGUACUGCUCCAUCCUGCUCAUGACAAGCAUCAGUGUGGACCGGGUCCUUGGCUGUGGUCUACACAAUGAAGGCUCUUACCUGGAGAACAAAGAAGAGAGCCUGGCUGGUCUGCUUCUUCAUCUGGAUAAUAUCAAUAGCCAGCUCACUACCUCUUCUUAUAUCCAAACAGACUAUGUACAAUAUAUAGACACUCUAAACAAUACAACUUGCCAUGAUGUCUUGGAUGUGGUGGACAUCAAGAACUUCUAUAUGUAUUAUUUUGCCACCUUUUCUUUAGUUUUCUUCUUCUUGCCAUUGGUUAUUACUACUAUAUGCUACAUUGGCAUCAUCAGGACACUGAGUACCAAAGACAUUGAGAAUUCUUGUAAGAAAAAAAGAGUGGUGAUCCUUGCUAUUGUGGUCUUUUUUGCUUUCCUGAUUUGCUUUGGUCCAUUAUUCAUUAUUUUCGUUUCCUUAAUAACUUUGAUGACUCUAUGUAUUUUGCCUAUAUUCUGUGUACUUGUAUCAGUAGUGUCAGCACUUGUCUGGAUCCUAUCAUCUAUUACUACGCUUCUUCAAAGUAUUGGAAGCGUGCAUACAGUUUGCUGGGCUGUAAAAAGCUAA